CUUGUUGAUGUCGCACGGCUUCGCUAUCGUCUAUUACACCCCGAAUCUAUGCUCUAUGAGGUCGCCAAGGGCUAGAGCGGAGCCUCAAGCGGAGAACCAGGCGAGAGCUAGGUUUAUCCACCAAUUGAGCUUGACCAUCACGGCCACGCAACAAAACUACCUAUAUCGGCGCAUAGACUCUUAGAUCGACCCCGACCAUCUUCUUACAUUCCACAACAUCCGUCUUCUGGCAGUUUCAAUGACCAAAAUGGCUGCAAACGCUGUCGUCGAAUCGCUGAAAAGCGCCAACCUACUUCCCUCUGCCAUCAUCCCAGAGUCUUUCACCCCAGCUCUGGACCUCAGUGUCAAGUUUUCCUCGGGACUUGCUCCAGAAUAUGGGAGUCUCGCUCGCGUAAGCCAGGUCAAGGAGCAACCCGUUAUCUCUAUCUCCUCUCCACCGACAUCUUCCGCCACGAGCUACACAUUCAUGAUGAUCGACCCCGAUGCGCCUACACCAGACGAUCCAAAAUUUGGUUACUGGCGCCACUGGGUUGUUACCUCUAUUCCCUCUCCGUCAGCGGCCACCUCUCCAGAAGACAUCACCGCGAGAGGAAAGACGCUCACGCAGUAUCUGGCACCUGGACCGAAGGAUGAGAGUGGGCCCCACCGGUAUCUUUUCCUGCUCUUUGAGGAGAAGGCAGGAGAAGCUUUGGAGAAAGCGGAUGUUGGCGGAGAGGAGUUUGUUGAAAGGAGAAGUUUCCGAGCGGAGCAGUUGGCGGAGAAGAAGGGGUUGAAGUUGGUUGGCGUACAAUGGAUGCGAGGAGUGGGCGACGGGUGGAAGGGAGAAAAGGAUGAGCUAUAGAGAGAGCUAUUGAGAUUGAGUGUCUUAUCUAAUCCCCGGGGAAGA